AAGCAAAGGGAGAGUCUUGCCCAGCGUGGACCUGUGCGUCGUUGCAUGGCCGACCUGGAGACUCGCUCUCCGCAAGGUGAGACACGCGGACCGAAGAGGAGGCCUCGAAGGAUCGGCAGGAAUUCUCGUGAAAGCCGACUCUUCUCGCGAUCGCGCGCGCGCUCUCCCUCGAUCGUUUUUCUCUCCCUUUCUCCGUCUGUCUGUCGCGAUUGACUCCAGUUUCUUUUUCCGUGUACCAAGGAAAUCGAGUGAGUGAUCCGUAUUUAUUUGCUUUUCGCGCGGACUUUCCACCAAGUGCUACAGAUCCGCUUGGACAAUGUCCUAGAUUGGUGCAAACGUCGAGACCGAGAUAAGUCAAUCGGUGAAUGUUAUUGGACAGAAUCAGAAAUGUGUGCACGCUCGACUGAGGAUUUAGCGAGGUUUUGACAGAGACCCUUUCGAAUUUAUUAAUGAAUCUUCGUGGUGGCAAUGUCAGGACGCAAAGUGCGGAAUCGACAUAUUUGACAGCGAUAACGUGUGUUUACGUGUGCAUCUUUUCUUAUCAAAGCGCGUGAAUUUGAUUCCUCAUACUUUAUCAUUACAAGAAUAUAUAUUUAUCAUUUCGAGGAGGCUGGCGACUACAAUUAACAAAUAUGUCAGUUGUUUCAUAAAUCAAUUGGAUUCGCUAUCAAUGAAAAAUUGAUAAAACAGUGGCAUCUUGGGGAGGUUUCGCGAAAUUGCGCUCUUCGAGGGAGGUGAACAGUGCAUGGUUUCUCGGUGGUUAAAUCGACGACAAAAUUCCUGGUGCGCGUAAGUGUUUCGUUAACUCAGAAGGCUUGUCGCGAAAGUAAACGUUGAAAUUUCCUUUCGGAAUCUCUGCCGUGCAAUCUCGCCGUUCGUCUCGUCUUGGAUACAUCUCGUAAGCUGUUUGCAUGUUAAAUUGAGACAAUUGCAACAACUUUAGUGUCGGACAUGCGACAUGCACGGUGAAGAAGGGAGAGCGAUGGCAGCAGCGGGAACGAAGUUUCUUCGAAGUUCCUCCGGUUUUCUCCUCGUUCGUUGUGAUAAUAAUCGACGAGCCUGCGAAGCGAAAGAGAGAAUCCUCACUCGGGUCAUCUUGGCAAGGCCUACGGGUUCGCGAAGGGCAUGAAAGCUCAUCAUGUUCAACCACCGACACGGGCUGUCGACCUGCAACCUCCUCGGCGUAACAUUCCUCUUACUGAUCGUCGCCGGUAGCUACGAUGUGUCAGCGGAUCUCAAUUCCGAAUUCGUCAAAGGGAAAAUUUGCAUCGGUACCAAUGGCCGUCUCUCCGUGCCGUCCAACAAACAGCAUCACUACCGGAAUCUUCGAGACCGGUACACCAACUGUACUUACGUCGAUGGCAAUCUGGAGAUCACAUGGCUCCAGAACAAAACCUUCGACCUCAGCUUCCUCCAGUACAUACGGGAGGUCACCGGUUACGUCCUCAUCAGUCACGUGGAUGUGCGCAGGAUCGUGCUCCCGAGGCUGCAGAUCAUCCGCGGUAGGACCCUCUUCAAGCUCAAUAUUCACGACCACGAGUUCGCUCUCUUCGUCACGAUGUGUCAGAUGCACAACCUGGAAAUGCCAGCCCUUAGAGAUAUACUCAACGGGAGCGUGGGCAUGUACAACAACUACAAUCUCUGCCACAUCAAGACGAUCAAUUGGGAGGAAAUAAUCACGGGGCAAGGAGGACGGUACUUUUACGUCUACAAUUUUACGUCGCCGGAACGCCACUGUCCGGAAUGUGACGGAAGCUGCGAACAGGGUUGUUGGGGCGAGGGCCCGGAGAACUGUCAAAGGUACUCGAAGACGAACUGUUCGCCCCAAUGCUGGCAGGGCAGAUGUUUCGGUCCUAAUCCGCGCGAAUGUUGCCAUCUUUUUUGCGCCGGUGGCUGUACCGGACCCAAACAGAGCGACUGUCUUGCCUGCAAGAAUUUCUUCGACGAUGGCGUGUGCACGCAGGAAUGUCCGCCCAUGCAAAAAUAUAAUCCAACAACAUAUUCGUGGGAAGCUAAUCCUGACGGAAAGUACGCGUAUGGUGCAACCUGCGUGAGACGAUGUCCGGAGCAUCUUUUAAAGGAUAAUGGCGCUUGUGUGAGAUCCUGUCCACCGAAAAAGAAAGCGAUGAACGGCGAAUGCGUUCCCUGCGACGGACCUUGUCCGAAAACCUGCAAGGGCGUCGAGAAGGUGCAUUCCGGUAACAUCGAUACCUUCAAGGAUUGCACCAUCAUCGAAGGAUCCAUCACAAUUCUGGAUCAGAGCUUCGAAGGCUUCCAGCACGUUUAUCCAAAUUACACGUUCGGCAAACGAUACGAGAAGAUGCAUCCUGACAAGUUGGAAGUCUUCAGAACUUUAAAAGAGAUCACGGGCUAUCUUAAUAUCCAAGGAGAUCAUCAGGAUUUCAAGAACCUUUCGUACUUUCGCAAUCUCGAGGUGAUCGGAGGCAGAACGCUCACGGAAUACUUUGCGUCCUUGUACAUCGUCAAGACUUCUCUGGUGUCCUUUGGACUUAGUUCCUUGAAGAAGAUUUAUUCCGGUUCGAUUGCCAUUUUGGAGAACAAGAAUUUAUGUUACGCUCAGAGUAUUAACUGGAGCAGGAUCAAAAAAUCAUCCGAACACGAAAGUCUUCUAUCGAACAACCGGAACGAGAGCGAAUGUGUCAAAGAUGGUCUCGUAUGUGACGAGCAAUGUUCGGACGAAGGAUGCUGGGGACCUGGACCAGCACAAUGUCUGUCGUGCAAGAACUUUAUUCUAGGAAAUGAUUGUCUUCAAGAUUGCACUGUGCCAGGAAUUUAUCAAGCAGACGAAAAGACCUGUAAGAUGUGUCACGAAGAGUGCGACAGCUCCUGCACCGGUCCUAAUGCCGACCAAUGUAUCAAGUGCAAACACGUGCGAGAUGGGCCGUUCUGUGUGCCCGAGUGCCCAUCCUCAAAGUACAACGACAACGGUCAAUGUAAACACUGCCACGAGAACUGUGUAGGCGGCUGCGAGGGACCGGAGAACAACAUAGGCGCCAACGGAUGUCAUAGUUGCGAAAAGGCAAUUAUGAACGGGAAAAACAUACUAGAGGGAUGUAUGCAGAAGAGAGAGCCGUGUCCUGAUGGACAUUAUUACGAGUGGGUGAGCCCGCAGGAGCAAGGUGCUUUAAAACCUCUUGCCGGAAAGGCAGUCUGUCGCAAGUGCCAUCCACGUUGUAAGAAAUGCACAGGAUAUGGCUUUCACGAGCAGGUAUGUCAACAGUGCAACAAGUACAAGAAAGGAGAACAAUGCGAGGAUGAAUGUCCUGCCGAUCAUUUCGCGGAUGCUGACACGCAGCUAUGUCUACCGUGCUUCGGGGAAUGUCGAGGGUGUUUUGGACCAGGCUCUAAUCAGUGUUACAAAUGUCGAAACUUCAAAAUUUACAUUGAUGGUGAUCCUUACGAUAAUUCAACGUUCUUCAAUUGCACGGAGUUUUGCACAUCGGAAUAUCCUCACAAGAUUUUCCCUCAAGAUAGCGAGCCGUAUUGUUCUGUUGAAACAGUAGGCCUCGGUUUCCAAAUGGACAAUGAACUUCAACCAGCUAUUUUGACCGGGAUUGUGCUCUUCACGUUGGUGUUAAUCAUCAGCCUUAUUGUGAUAAUAUAUUUCUGGCGGAUGAGAACAAAGGCCAAAGAGAAUACGGUAAAGAUGACGUUAGCUUUGACUGGUUUAGACGACAACGAACCGCUUCGACCGACAGGCGUAAAACCAAAUCUGGCAAAAUUACGGAUAAUUAAGGAGGAAGAAAUGAGGAAAGGCGGUAUACUAGGUUACGGUGCUUUCGGCAAUGUGUACAAAGGCGUCUGGGUGCCCGAAGGGGAGAACGUGAAGAUCCCGGUCGCCAUAAAAGUCCUCCACGAUGGCACGGGUGCGAAUACAUCCAAAGAAUUUCUCGACGAGGCUUAUAUCAUGGCCACCGUGGAGCAUCCAAAUCUGCUGCAGUUACUUGCAGUAUGCAUGACGGCACAAAUGAUGCUAGUGACCCAGCUAAUGCCCCUGGGAUGUUUGCUGGACUUCGUACGCAGGUACAAAGACAAAAUCGGCUCGAAACCACUGCUAAAUUGGUGCACGCAAAUCGCGAGAGGUAUGGCUUAUCUGGAGGAGAGGAGAUUGGUUCACCGAGAUUUAGCGGCGCGAAAUGUCCUCGUGCAAACUCCAAAUUGCGUAAAGAUCACCGAUUUUGGUCUCGCUAAACUGUUGGACAUUAACGAAGAGCAAUAUAAGGCUGCGGGCGGAAAAAUGCCGAUCAAGUGGUUGGCAUUGGAAUGCAUUCAGCAUCGAGUAUUUACUCAUAAAUCGGACGUGUGGGCUUUUGGAGUGACUAUCUGGGAGGUUCUUACUUACGGCGGUAGACCGUAUGAAAAUGUCCCUGCCAGAAAUGUACCCGAACUAUUGGAAAAGGGCGAAAGACUACCGCAACCCGCGAUUUGCACGAUUGACGUAUACAUGAUCAUGAUCAAAUGCUGGAUGCUUGAUGCUGAAUCUAGACCCAGCUUUAAGGAACUAGCGGAAGACUUCGCAAAAAUGUCCAGAGAUCCUGGUCGAUAUCUUGCCAUUAAAGGCGAUAAAUACAUGAGACUGCCUUCAUAUACAUUACAGGACGUUAUCUUAAGCGUUACCAAUGGAAAUUUUCAGGACGAAAAAGAAAUGAUACGAAAUCUCGCAUCGGCAAUGGAUGGUCCAGAAGCUUUGGUGGAUGCUGAAGAAUAUCUGCAACCUAAGUCGCGGGCUCCGCUUCCGCCUGUGAUCUCCGCAUCAAGUACUUCCAGUGCACCACCAAAUACAUCGGUCAAAGCAUGUUGGCCAAACGGCAAGCCGCUCGCCGCUGACUCUCCAACGCCGCAAAAUCAACAAAAUUGGGAUAGGGAGCUCUUGAGGUACGGUGGGAAUCAUGGGAAUGGGAAUGCGUCACACGAGGCUGGCAAUUCCAGUCAGCCUUACACACAUCCCAAUGGUCAUUGCGGACACGUCGUAGGAUCUGACAGCUCGAGUUCGAGAUAUUGCUCAGAUCCCUUGAAGAUGGUUGGUGCCAGAGAUUGCGAUGUGACAGACGACUGUUUCGAAAGUAAAGUAAACUCUGCGCAUCAACAAGCUCAAGUGGGAAAUCUGAAACUGGAUUUACCGUUAGAUGAAGAUGACUAUCUUAUGCCGUCACCACAACUGCCAGCCAACAAAACGCAAUAUAUGGAUCUCAUCGGAGAGUCUAAACCAACAGAAUCCGAAUCGAAGCAUUUGAACAACGGUUUCCGGAAGUAUCCAGAUUUCCUGACGAUUCAAGGAAAGACAUCGUUGGACAAUCCGGAGUAUCUAAUGUCGCAGGACGAAGGCCCGCUCACGCCGCAGACUUUGGGUAUCCCUACAUCCCUAGAUCUAGAGAAGGUCCUGACGAACGGCACUUUUGGAUCUCAAGUCAGACAAAGGAGUUCUGAAGAGGAGUCAGAUCACGAGUACUACAAUGAUUUUGACCGACUGGAACGAGAAUUACAACCGUUGAAACCGUUCAGGAAAAACGAGACCACGGUGUGAUUCCAGAGUGACGAGAUAUAUUGAGAACAUAAAAAGAAGCUUAUGAUUCUGUGAAACUAGAAAAAAGUUAUUAUAUCGAAAAAACCUUUGCUUCGUUCUUCGAGAAGAAAGUAAAUCAAACGCGACUUCGUAAAGAAGUAACGAAAACGAAUAUAUAAACGUAUCAUUGAAGUUACUCAAUUUCCAAAAAGGAUCUAUUGUACUUAGAAAGGACACUUCGCUCAAGUGCCGCGCUUGAUUGUGAUUAGACGUAAGCUAGAGACUCUUGUACGUAUAUAUUAUGAGAUAUAUAAAUAUAUAUAUAUAUAUAUAUAUAUAUAUAAGACGAAGAAGGAAGAAACUAUAUAUACGAGGACGUGCCGGAAACGAGAAUCGCACAAUGGCGAUGCUCGCGAACAAGUAGUGCAAAGAUAUUCUUAACGUGCCAUUUGCUGUGGCUUGUAAAUAAAUUACACUUUUCGUUAUUAGUAUCUCGAGGAUGUAAGAAAUAUACUAGAACUUAAUUUGCAGCGACAGCGUCCAAGAUCGUCGCUGCUUAAAAGCUUCCUUUCGGACUGGUUUAAGGCAUUUUGCGGAACUUAUUAUUGCAAAAAAAUUUAUCUUAUCAUUUAUAUACGUGUUUGAUAAUUUCAAAAUGUAGAAAAUGCCAUAUGAAUGGCUUUUACGAUUUUCACAGUCUUAAACCGGUCUUGUUUUGUCACUAUUCUCUUACAAAGAUAUCUAUGCACCGUGAAAAUUAAUAUUCACAAUGACGAUAUCUAUUUUUCAACGAAAGAACGUUUGAUCGGAAAUAGUGAACAGUACAUUUUCGCGAUUAAAUUUUAUAAUUAAAAAAUUUAGCGCGACAAGUAUGAAACAUCGAAUAAUUAAGGCUGUUUGCAGCGACUGCGCGUGAAAAAGAUUCAUGGUCGUUGUUAAAUUUUUAAUGGUGCAAAAACUAUUUUAAGCAUUUUUUUAUAUUGAGCGAAGUCUCCUAAAAAAUCGCUCAAUGUUUUUUUAAGAUGUUACCACUUUUUUAUUCUUUUCAUGAAUGCAGAAAAGUUUGCUAAUAACAUCUUAUUUCGUUAAAUAACAAAUCCUACAUUUCUUUUCGUAAAAUUAAUAUAUACUCUCAACUAAAAAUAUUUAUACGAUACGAUUGAGAAAGAACGUAAAUUAAUUCUGAAUUUAUAUGACAAAAUAAUUAUAUGAUAAAAUAAUGUGACAAAAUAAUUCAUAUAGAAUAUGGCAAUAAUUAAAUAUUAGAACAUUUUAUCGAUAUUCGAUGAAUUCUCGAUGGAAGGGCCGAUCAAUGCUUUUGAAAAAUAUUUUAACAUAGAAUUUACAAAGUCUUUUGCUUAGAAUGUCGAAGGUUAAGCGGUCUUGCCAGCUUGCAAUAAUGUCUUUAAUUAAUCAAAUCUAUUUAACGCGAUUCUUUGUUUCAAUCCACUUCAUUAUCUUGUGACGUAAUGAAAAGUUUUAAAAUAAAACCAAGGAAAAAUUUAAUUGUUCAUCUCUCAAACUUAGCCAUUAAUGCAACCGGGCCGAAGCAUUUGUGCGACAUACCGCUGACUGUGAUACGAAUUAUUUUAUCUUUCGCCUGAUGACACUCAAAUACGGCAAUGAUAGCACCUUCCUAUACCUUCAGCAUUAAGCUAUGACAGCAAAAUCUGCAUCGUCCUAUUUUACUGCUGAGGAUAAAUUCGCUCUCGUAUCGAGAUUCAAAUUUAUCACGACGAGGACAAACAUUGAUUCUACUUAAGUAUUGAGGGAAGCAAGAAGAUUCAAAUAAACCUUUCUUUUUCCUUCCUCUUAUGCCAUCGUCUUCGUAAUGGAUCCAAUAAAGGGAUCCAUAAUGAACCAAUAAAGUUGAUCGGAUCGGGAAUUACGAGUUAUUUCGAUUUUUAUGUGAAACGCGAUUUGUAUAUAGUUUAGCGAGUAGCGUAGCGAACAGAAAAAAAUUUUCACGAGCGUGAAAAGAAGAAGAGUGUAUUUGUACACAAUCAGUAAUAAUCAUACGUCGCCAGAAUACGGUAUGUAGCCGUACCGAAUAUAAUAGUACGAUAGGACGUGCCAUGUUGUACAGGAAAAAAAGAGGAAAGUACGAGAGCAAAUUUUAUGAUGUGCACAAAACGAAUCUUCCCUGUAUUUAAUAAAUCAUUUCGCAGGAACUCUGUCCUACACGAGCCUUGCAUUUGCUGUAGAUGAGCAUGGGCGUGCGCGAGAUUAACGAUCUCUUCUAUGAAAAUAUAAUUUUAUCAAUAUUUUACAAUCGAUGUAUACAAUUAUUCUCACAUUACGAUUCGAGGAAGAAGCGCGACGACGAUAUCGGAUCAUCCAUUUGUCAUAUAGUCUUUAUUUUUUUAUUAUUCUUUAAUCAGUCACCUUAUAUAUUAACAGCAUUAAUAACUAACAUUAACAAUUUUCGAAUUUUCAUAUUCUUUUCAUUAUAAAACAACCAAAGUCAUUCUGAGACAUUUGUUCCUCCAACUUUAAAUUCAUCAUUGAAUAAUAUUGAUAUUAUUUUAUGGUACCAAUUAUCUUUUUACGAACGAUUUAUGGUACCAAUUAUCUUUUUAAGAACGCACAUUUAUAUGUAUAGACGUAAUUUUCUGUUUUAAUUUUGUUUAAGAUACGGAAUGACAUUGGCUAUUUUUUUAUUAUUCGCGCAUCUUCCUUGAUAGCAUUAUCAUGAUCAUGUUCUGCGAUAAUAAAAAUAAAAACAAAAGUAAUUACGAAAAAAUAUCUCGAUUAUUAUCAUAUAUAUACGAGAAAUUCAGAUUUCCAAUCUCGCCACAUAUCGUGCAGUUAUCGCAUCUUAUCUGUAUAACGAUGUAAUCCAAUACGUAUCGUGUACAUUGUGUUAAGUGUUACUAAUUAUAUUAUUAUUAUAACAAAUUCUUUUUGUAAUAUAUCAUUCACUGCGACGCGUUAUUCGUCCCCCCUAUAUGGAAAGAUACGCGAUUUCUGUAAAGCGAACCAAGAAACGUCUUUCCAUUUUCUUUCUCGCCCUCGCACAUUUGGUCUUGUAAAUGUAAAUUUAAACUGUGACUGAGCAUUCUAAUUAGUAGGUUGUACAUUGUAAUCUAACGUUACGUAAUUGCGAGGAGUUACAUUUGCCAUUCGGUUGUGGACAUAGAACCUAUAGAUCUUUAUUGUAUCAUUAUAUAUCGUAAAAAUUUAUUGUAAUAAAGAACAAUCAUUCUUAUCA